UGCAGACAGUUCUCAUCCAGGUGUGAAGGAGGAUUUGUACGAGGCUCUCCGGAGGGUCCUCCUGUGUCUGGACUCCUGGACUGACUUCCUGUUGACUCCUGGUGGUGCUGGUGAGGAUGAAGCCCAGCUGAGGCUGCUGCAGCAGGAGUGUGUAUCAGCUGAGCUGGAGACUCUUAAUGAGCUGUUGAAUAAAGUGGAAUCAGAGACCAGCCCUGGACUUUGGAAAGAGGAACCAGACGCUUACCGCUGUUUGACCUGCCUUCAAGAUUGUCUUCGUACUGUCCAGCUGGUCUCCACCUCAUCCAACAAUCAGCUCACUGAAGAUCUGGGCCUCAAGAAACAGCAUCAGGAGUUCUUCAACCAGCUGUGUAUUUUGGACGAGUUUGAGCUCGGACAGAGGGAGAUAUUCCCAAGUCUGAAGGAAGCUCCUAGUUUGGAGCAGUGUGUCCUGGGCAGACAUCUGAGGGAGAGUCCUGGGGAAACAGCCAAGCUACAGCAAGUAGCCCGGUCCUUGCUUCAGGGGGUAACUUGCCUCCUGGAACUGGGUGAAGAAUGCAUAAAAGAAAGGCAGAUUAGUCAGGUUCACAACCGCAGCCAACUUCAAGCCGUUCUCUGCAGGCACAAGAAUCUCCUGCAGGUCCUCGGGUCUCAGUUGGCUUUUGUGCAGCAUCUAUUCCAGCGUGAGCCAGAAGUACUCAAGUGUCAAGAGGAUAAGCGGCUACAGCUGGAAGUCAGGGCCAAAGCUUUGCAGCAACAGGCCCUGGAACAGGAAGUGGCUUCUCAAAGGAGGCUGCAGGAGUGGACCCUCUGGGAGGAUAAUUGUGGUCAGCUGGGUAGAGUUUUGGAUGAGUCUGAAGCCCUCAUCAGCAGUGGAGAACCGGAGGGAGACGAGGAGGAGUUUGUAAUACAGCACAGACUAGAUGCCUGCCAGCAAACACUGGUCCAGUUAGACGAGCGCAGAGCUGCUUUAGGACUGCUCCUGGAUCAGUGCAAGGUGCUGCAGGCAGAGCCAGUGUUUUCUGCCUCAGUCAGCCAGGCAGGAGGUGCUCUGGAGCUGCGGUGGAGGAGUGCUUUCAGGCGGACGGAGCAGGAGAUUCAACGCUGCAGAGACAUCCAGGACCUCCGGGCCAGAUUCCAGACAGGCUUCGCCACGGUCAGUAAAUGGCUGGUUGCUGCCAACAAACACCUGAAGACGUGGUCAGACCUGGCGGACACCUCAGACCUGAGCCAGGAAUGUGUUCACAAUAAUCUAAUCAAGCUGCUGGACUUCUCCAUGGAGGUGGAAGCCAUGUCAGUGCAGAGGGCAUCUGUUUGCAGGGAAGCCGCUCAGCUGCUCCACCUGAGGGAAGCUGAUUGUCCCGGCCUGAGAGCUCAGGUCGCCCAGCUGGAGGCCAGCUGGAGCCAGCUCACCUCUGAUCUGUCCAAGAUACAAGACCAGCUGCACCAGCGGCUGCUGGCUCGAUGGCCACCGGUGGAGCUGCUGUCUGACCUGGAGGACUGGCUGAAGAAGCUGGAGGCUCGGCUGAGCCAGGAGAAAGAAACAGUUCUCAAGGCCAAAGAUGCUGCUCAGAUCACUGAAGUCCUGCAGCGCUUCCAGGAGUUAAAGGCAGGCACUGUCAGUGGGCAGCUCAUCCUUGACUUCUUGUGCCAGUCCGGGCCACAGGCGGUGGGACCGGAUCUCCAGGCUCUCCGGUCUGAGCGUACAAUGUUUGCUGAGACACUCUGCGCCCUUAGACUCCAGUGGCUGCACCUGCAGAGGGAGCUGGAGAGCCAGAUACGUGGAGCUGAACAAAUGCAUCACACUUGUGCUGUCAGAGAGAGGCGGUUACAGCAUCUUCAUGGUUUCAUAAAGCGACAGAAAAGGCAGCUGAAUCAGUGGAAACAACCCACCAGUCAAACUCUGGCUCGUAAAUCUCUGCUAGAGUGGGAGGGAGUUGUAGGCAGAGUGAAGGAGGUGGCUGCAACUUUGCAGGAGUUGAAAACCACACGAGUGCAUGCUGAAAAGGAAGUGGAGCAUCCUUGUGAUAUCGCUUUCUCAAACCAGGCAGAGAGUGUUAGUCAUGACUGCGAGGAUCUUAGUCAACAGAUGGAAGCUCUGAGACCUGCUCUGCAACAGACUGUUGCGGAGUGGAGUUGUUUUGAGAGAGAUCUGAGGGAGGUUUCUCUGCACACCAGCAGGGUGCGCUGCGAUCUGCAGCAUCAGCGAGCUCCUCUGUUCUCGCUAAAGCAGGCAGAGGGAUACGUGGCCCUCCUCCAGCAACUCCAGGGGCAGGCUGGAGAAGGAGAAGAGCUUUGGGCGGCUGUGGAGAAAUUGUUCCAGAGACUUGUGAAGACUCUUCAUUGUGGAGCAGCACAGGCACUGGGUGACCAAGUGGAAGGAGAGCGAAAACGGUGGAAGGACCUGGUGCAGGAGCUGAAGGACGAGCACUUGAAUGCUGGGGAGACACUUUCCCUCUGGCGGGAAUACGACCGUCUCUCUGAUAACUGCUCCCUUCACCUGCAGCACCUGUGGCUUCAGUGGGAGGAGCUGUUGAGUUCUUCACUUUCACCUGAACAGGACACACAGGCCACAUUUCACCUAGUGGAGAAGUUGCAGGGUGUUGCUGAGAACUUGCAAAGCAGUGUGGGAGAUGUGCUGGAGGCCUCCAAGCCUCUCGCUGGCCGGUUAGAGCCACUGGCCUCAAAUUUAAUCCAAUCAGAGACCAGACUGCUGUCACGUGAUGUCCUGCUGCUGAGCCAGGCAGUGUCAGGGAAAAAGAAAAGUCUGCAGGAUGAUUUGGAGGAACAUCAACUAUUUCAUACUUGUCUGCAGACCCUUGAAAAGCAGACUCAGAACAUACAACAUAAACUGAAGGUCGGUUUAAAGGAUGAAGACUCUGUGAAGGUUCUCUUGGAGCUCAGUGAUCUGUUUCCGUCACUGGUUGACGUCAGGGAUAUGAGUGGCUAUUUGACCCUUAACAGCCAGGAGACAGAGAGGCUGCACAUGCUCAGCACGCACUGGAUCGAAAGCAUGAAUCGCACAUCUGACGUGAACAGAGAGCUGCAGGCUGAGCGUCAGUGUUCCCAGACCUUUCAGGAGAAGUGUAAGAACCUGAUUCACAUAAAGGAGAAACUUGUUGAGCAAUCAAUGUCCAAGAAACCUCAAAGUCACUCCAGCCCCCAAGAGAUGCUGACUGUCCAUCAGAGGCUUCAGGCUGAAAUAAUUACUGGACAACAGCUUCUGCAGGGUCUUCUCUGUGAUGCAGUCAAGUCCAUGGAAAAAGAAACAGGAGAGAAAAGAUCUGAGCUCAUGGCACAAGUGUCCAGAAUGAGGGAGAUCUGGUCCAGUGCCGUUGCUCUGGCCUGCCAGCGCAGGUCUUUGGCUAAAGAACAGCUCAGACAGCGGAGGACCUACCGCCACGGCUUGAAACGUCUGUGGAGGUUGUUGAGGGAUGUUGACCCUCUGCUGCCCCCUGCUGGCCCCGCUCUGUGCACACUGCAGCAUUUACGAAGCUGUGCGGAUGACUGCCAGUGUGCUGAGGAGGCUUUGGGUCUGCACUCGACCGUGUACAACCAGACACUGGAGGCUGGUAAACGUUUGUGUGAAACCAUGACGGAGUCUGAGAGUCAGAUUCAGCUGCAGUCGGAGCUCCAGGCCAUAGAGGAGGCCUGGAAACAAACCACAUCGCUGCUGGGCAGGAGAAGAGACCUGGUGAAUACAGCUGUUCAGAAGUGGUCUCGCUGUCAGGACGGGAUAACCAGCAUCAUGGCUGACCUGGAUGAGGUGAAGACCAGGAUAAAACAGCAGAUGCCUGAAAGACCAGAGGACUCUGAGACAGAGAAGCUCGUUCAGGAGACGGAGUUCUCUCUGCAGCGUUUGGCCAGUGGACUGAGGGAACUGGGCACCAUGAAGACAGACCUGUCCCAGUACAUUGCGGCUGGUGACUCGGCUCUGCUGGAACAGCAGCUGGAACAACUCCACGGUCAAUGGGAAGAGCUUUGCAUGAAGGUUUCUUUGCGCAGGCAAGAAAUCGCAGACCGACUCAAUGCCUGGACCAUCUUCAACGACAAGAACAAAGAGUUCUGUGAUUGGCUGACUCAGAUGGAGAACAAGGUGUGCCACAGCGGAGAGCUGAGCAUCGAGGAAAUGGUGGAGAAGCUCAAGAAGGACUGCAUGGAGGAAAUCAACUUGUUCAGUGAGAAUAAGAGCCACCUGAAGCAGCUGGGCGAGCAGCUGCUGUUGGCCAGUGAUGAGGCCAAGCAGACCCAGGUCCACGGCUCGUUGCAGGAGGUCAACCAGCGCUGGAACAACCUCUUCCACCACAUCGAAGCCAGGGUGAAGAAGCUGAAGGAGACUCUGGUGACAGUGCAGCAGCUGGAUAAGAACAUGAGUAACCUCUGCUCGUGGCUUUCCCGAAUCGAGGCCGAACUGUCCAGACCAAUCACCUACAGCGUCUGUCACCACCAGGAGAUCCAGAGGAGGCUGGCCGAGCAGCAGGAGCUGCAGAGGGACAUUGAGCAGCAUACGGAGGGCGUAGCGUCGGUGCUCAGCCUGUGUGAUGUUUUGCUGCGGGACGAAGAUGCUGCUGGCGGCACGGAGGCGGAGAGCGACUCCCUGCAGGAAACCAGCCACAGCCUGGACCAGCGCUGGAGGACCAUCUGCGCCAUGGCUCUGGACAGGAGGCUGAGGAUCGAGGAGACGUGGAGACUCUGGUGCAAGUUUCUCGAUGAUUACUCACGGUUUGAGGAUUGGCUGAAGAUGGCCGAGCGCACCGCUGCCAACCCCAACUCUGCAGAUGUCCUUUAUACUGUUGCCAAAGAGGAGCUCAAGAAGUUCGAGGGUUUCCAAAGACAGGUUCAUGAGCGACUGACCCAGCUGGAACUAGUCAACAACCAGUACCGCCGUCUGGCCAGGGAGAACCGCACCGACCGGGCCAGCCAGCUCAAAGCCAUGGUCCAUGAAGGCAACCGGCGCUGGGACACCCUGCACCGCAGAGUGGCUGCCAUCCUCCGCAGACUCAAGUAUUUUACCAGCCAGCGGGAGGAGUUUGAAGGCACCAGGGAGAGCAUGCUGGUGUGGCUGACCGAGCUGGACCUGCAGCUCACCAACGUCGAACACUUUUCAGAGAGCGACGUCCAUCACAAGAUACAGCAGCUCAAUAGUUUCCAGAAGGAGAUCACGCUGAACACUGAGCGCAUCGACGGGCUGAUAGUGUUUGGAGAGGGUCUGAUCCAGAGGAGCUCACCGCAGGAUGCAGCGCUGAUAGAGGACGAGCUGGAGGAGCUGCACACCUACUGCCAGGAGGUUUUCAGCAGACUGGUCCGCUUCCACCAGCGCCUCAGCCAGCCCCCGAUCAGAGAAGAGCCUGAGCUCUCUCGUACCACCUUUUCCUUGGAGUCGAGCUUGGAGCUGAUUGGCCGGUCGUGGCUUGGGCGGAGCCAAGGAAGCCUCCCGGCCACGCCCACCCACCUGUUGGCCUCUCCGCUGGAGCGUUCAGGGCGGGGGACACCGGUGAGUGUGGACUCCCUGCCUCUGGAGUGGGACCACACCGGCGACGUGGGAGGUUCGUCAUCGCAUGAGGAUGAUGAUGAGGAGGAGGAAGAGCAUGAGGAGGAGGGAACGUACUUCAGUGCACUAUCAGAGGCGGAGUUGACUGAGAGCCAGGAGGAUUUUGUCAAAGCCCCAGAGGCGGUACAAGCCUCUUCACUGGCACCAAGCAGGUCUAUGGUCGUACACGAGUCUACAGCAUGGGCGUCACCGCAAACACCGCCUCUCCAGCUGCACUCGGAGGACCACCCUGAGGCUGCGCCACCCCUCACCAGCACGCCCCUAAAGCAGGGUUAUCUGCGUCUCAUGUCUCAGUGCAGCGGCAGCAUCGAGGACGUUAAAAGAGUCUCGCUGAUCCUGGAUGAUGAGGAGGAGCCGAAGAAGCUCGGUCUGACAGAACUAACUGCCUCCGACAAACAGUCAGGUGUGAUUGAACGCUGGGAGCUGCUCCAGGCUCAGUCCAGGAGCGAUCAGCAGGCCAACCCUCAGGAGCCACAACAGCUCACUUCCUGGUUAGAAAACGUGAACCCGAUGCUGGACCGCCUCCAGCUGUCCGACCCAGCGGGGAGUGUUGAGGACAUGGAAGCCAGAGCCAAAGAACUAAAAGAGAUGCAGAAGAUGUUUGCUCACUACAAGUCCAUCAUGCUGUCUGUCAACCUGAGAGCUCAGGAGGCCCCAGAACUACAGGAAAGACUGGCGAGUAUGAACAGGGACUGGAGCAGAGCGUGUACAGGCCUCCAGCAGUGGGACACCAGUCUGAGGAAGACUCUGAUGCGCUGCCAGGAGCUGCGGGGCAGGCAGGCUCAGCAGGCCUCCCUCCAGGCUCUGUGGUCCCAGCUCCAGCCUGAGGGCGGAGUCGAGGAGAGCGACGAGGCCCAGGAGAAGCUCCACGUCACAGGGAGCAAACUGAAGUUGCUGAGGCAGGUGAACCAAGACCUGAGCACCCUGCAACAGCGACUGGACUGUGAACCUGCAUCAGACGGCCAAGGCCAGUCUGCCUCUGCAGAUCCUUCUCAGGAGGCUACACAUUCAAAGAAAGGCUCCUCUUCUCAAAGAGAGAAGAGGGAAUCGUCCCCACCUCGGUCCUUCUUCUACCGAGUCCUUCGUGCUGCCUUCCCCCUCCAACUCCUCCUGCUGUUCCUCCUGCUGCUCCCCUGCCUGAUUCCCAUGUCAGAGAGUGAACCCAGCUGUGCUGUGGCCAACAACUUCGCCCGGUCUUUCCACCCCAUGUUACGUUACACCAACGGGCCACCACCCACCUGAUACAAACCUAACUGGGGAAAUAAGAGACAUUUUUCUUUUUCUUUUUUUAAGAACAGACUGAGACAUGAGCCACCUUUUUUGUUGAACUGAAACACAUGACCAAACUGUGGAGCACAGAUAAAUCUAUUAACUUCCCAAGUCCCAAAAUUGUAUUUUAUUGUUUAUUUUCAAAGAUUUAAACUGAGAACAUUGUAUUUAUUCCAGG